AUGUUUUCAACAUAUCGCCAAUUGGAAAAGCGUACUGGCAAAUCUGGUACUUCAAGACCCGACUACCUCCAGGAACUCGUAAACGAAUAUCAAAACACAAGCGAUCAAGAAGCCAAGUAUCAGGUUCUCGCUAAUCUGGCCAACUUUGCAUAUGAUCCGAUAAAUUACGAUUGGCUUUGGGAACUAAACGUUGUCGAUCUGUUCCUCGACACAUUGACCGAGCCGGAUGAAAAGAUUAAGGAAUUUGGCUUGGGCGGACUAUGCAACCUAUGUCUAGAAAAGCGCAAUAAAGAACACAUUUUAAACAACGAGGGCAUUCCGCUGGUGAUCGACUGUAUAUUCAACGAAAAAGAGGACAUCAUACUUUCGGCGAUCACCACUUUGAUGUUUUUAAUUUCCUCAGACGAUGACGAAAAAGGUGCUUUAUCUGAUUCGGUCAGAAAACGCAUGGAGCAUCUGUCUCGCUCUGACAAUGUUCGAUUGAAAAAUCUUGCAACCAUAUUCCUGAGAGAUUAUUUUCCAAAAACCAAUUGA